AUGGCAGCCGAUAUACCCAAAGUUGUCCCUCUAACUUGCCACGGGCACUCACGUCCGGUGACCCAUUUGAGCUUUUCCUCGACGGUCGAGGAUGAUCAAUUCUACCUUAUCUCAGCUUGCAAAGACAACAACCCCAUGCUCCGGGAUGGUAUCACGGGUGACUGGAUUGGCACAUUUCUAGGCCAUAAGGGUGCUGUCUGGCAAGCACGACUCUCCAGUGAUGCUGCAAUUGCCGCCACCGCAGCUGCAGACUUCUCUGCCAAGGUCUGGGACACCUACUCAGGCGAGUGUCUGCACACUCUUCAGCAUGCGCACAUUGUACGCGCCAUUGCUUUCCCCAUCCAGGCCAACCCGCAAGUUCUCGCCACCGGCGGUGCUGAGAAGAAAUUGCGCAUCUUCGACUUGACCCGAGGUGGUACCAGCAGCAACGGGUCCUCGCCUCCGCUGCCAACUCCCAGCGGCAACGGCAGCCCUGUGCAGAGCGGCGCCGAUGUGACCAGCUAUGAGAUUGGUCCUGGUGUUCACGGUGGUACCAUCAAGUCUAUCGUCUGGAACCAGGAUUACAACAUUGUUACGACCGCCGCAGAGGAUCGUAAGAUUCGCUGGUGGGAUCUUCGCUCCAGACAUCCCGUCAAGGAGUACACCGUUGAUGGGCCCAUCGGAUCCUGCGAGCUGAAUAACCUUGCGACGCGGCCAAACGAUCCUGGUCUUCUGACUGUCGCUGCCGGAAAGAGCGUCUAUCUCUUCGACAGCGUUCAGCCGGGUCGACUUCUUAAAAAAAUUGACUUCGGGUACGAUGUUGCCAGUGCGGCCGUGAACAGCGACUCUGGCCGUCUGGUGACUGGAAGCGCGAACGAUACAUGGGCACGAGUCUACGACUUGCACACUAACGAAGAACUGGAUGUGCAAAAAGGACACCAUGGCCCCAUCUGGUCUGUUAGCUUCUCUCCAGAUGGAAAAUUGUACGGCACCGGUAGCGAAGACGGCACCGUCAAGCUGUGGAAAGCAUGCCGCGAAUCCUAUGGGCUGUGGCGUUGA